AAACCGAAUUACCAAACCAAGUUAUCGUGCCAGAUGAAGGGCGGUUAUGACUCUGAAACUAAGAUCUACCACUCCCUUAUCAAGCUCGAAGGAAAACACAAGAUACCAACUAAGACCCAUCUCAACACAGCUACUUUUGUGUUAUCUCAGUUCCCUAAACUAGACCGAGCCGAGUCAAAAGUUGCACUUAUAGACUCAGCCACGAACCGCAGGAUCACGUACGCACAGCUCGAACGGUCAAUCCACUCGUUAGCAGCCGGGUUGUACCACAGUCUAGGGGUUCGUAAGGGUGAUGUAGUCUUUCUUUUAACACCAAACUCCACCCUUUACCCAACUAUAUGCCUAGCCAUACUCUUGGUUGGAGGCGUUGUUACAACGGCUAACCCAGUCAACACCGAAUCCGAGAUAGUCAAACAAGUACUUAACUCAGGUGCGAAACUAGCCAUUUCUGAUCCUGCAGAGAUUCACAAACUUCAAUCAACCAAGACUCCUGCUAUAAUCAUUAACCGUCCCUCGAGUGGUAACCAACUUUCGGUGGAAGAAUUAAUCGAAUGUAGUGAAUCAAUGGAGUUACCAGAAACCAGGACAAAUCAGUCAGAAACAGCAGCGAUAUUAUACUCGUCUGGAACGACAGGGACCAGCAAAGGUGUAAUAUUAACACACAAGAAUCUUAUUUCUAUGAUGAAAAUACUUACAUGGGCUGUUGAUAUAACAUCAGCAGAAGACGACAUUUUUCUGUGUUUCAUACCCAUGUUCCAUAUCUAUGGUCUAGCCUUUUUUGGGCUCGGGUUGUUAUGUGCUGGCACGACAACUGUUUUAAUGAAACGUUUCGACUUACAAGGCAUGCUAGAAGCGAUAAAAACACAUAAAGUCAAUAAUAUACCAGCGGUUCCUCCUGUUAUACUUGCGUUGGUGAAGUAUAAUGGAGGUGGGUGUGACUUGUCGUCUUUGAGAAGUGUGGGCUCAGGUUCUGCACCCUUGAGCCAGCACUUGGCAAAUGGAUUCAGGGCAAAAUUUCCGUGGGUUGAACUUAAGCCAGGGUAUGGGCUGACUGAGAGCUGUGGGUCAGUAGCAUUUUUUGUUACUGCUGAAGAAGCUAAAGCUCGGUCAGCUGCUUCAGGAACUUUACUACCAAGUUAUUCGGCUAAAGUGGUUGAUUUUGAAACAGGGGUUGCUAUGGGGCCUUAUGGUGAAGGUGAGCUAUGGUUGAAGGGACCCGCUGUGAUGAAGGGUUAUCUGGGAAACGAGGAUGCAACGUCUGCAACUAUUGUUAUGGACGGGUGGUUAAGGACUGGCGAUCUUUGCUACUUUGAUGAAGAUGGCUAUCUUUUUGUAGUUGAAAGAAUAAAAGAACUCAUCAAAUAUAACGGUUAUCAGGUAGCUCCAGCAGAACUGGAAGCCAUAUUAUUGAACCAUCCUCAUAUACUUGAUGCAGCAGUUAUACCACUUGAAGAUGAAGAGGCAGGAGGCGAGGUACCAAUGGCAUACAUAGUUAGGGAAACUAGUUCUGAACUCAGUGAAGACCAAGUCAUUGAAUUUGUUGCUGCCCAGGUGGCACCAUACAAGAAGAUCAAAAGAGUGGCCUUCAUAAAUGAAAUACCAAAGUCUGUUGCUGGCAAGAUUCUUAGAAAAGAUUUAGUGGCACAAACUAAAAAGAAUAUUCGACCCAAACUGUAA